AUGCCCACGGAUGCCGACGGACCGGAGCACAACCAGGUUGGAGUCGACAUUGUCAAGGAGCGACUGUCAUUUGUCCGGAAAGAUCGCCGUGAGAACGGGCGUGAAGGAGUGCUGGUCGGCGUAGAGCGGAGCAAGGGACGGGCAAAAGCAGCGGAACAGAGAGGAAAGCCAAAGAAGCUUACCGGUAAGACGCUCAACAUCCCGGACGUCCCGGGAUUGAAGAAGCUGCUUACCCGGCUUACCCAAUGCGACCAGACGCGAGGGCUUGGCUACGGCUACGAGCAGGAGGCGACUGCAGACUACGGCGGUGAAACGAUGUGGGGCCAUUGGCGCGCCCAGCAGGAAGCACCAAAGUAA